CCGAGUAAGAGUUGCAAAUAACCAACAACAAAGAAGGAAGAAUUCACUGAGAACUACUAAGAAAAGCCAUUUUUUAUUAGCGAAAAUAAGGAAAUUGUAAUAGGCGAUCCAUUAUGCCUCAUGACAAACAGGAUAGAGAUACGGAAGAAAUCGAAGAUGAGGGCAAGAAUAUCAUUCUUGGAAUUGUGUCUCAAUUGAGACCAAAUAUGGACUUGUCAAAGGUGACACUCCCUACGUUUGUUUUGGAGCCGAGGUCAAUGUUGGAACGAAUUACAAACUUUAUGAGUCAUCCAGAUUUUCUGCUCCCAGUUCCUCAUGUUCCUUCUGCCGAAGAACGGUUCCUUGAGGUGUGUCGAUUUUACCUUUCAGGAUGGCAUAUUCGCCCUCCGGGUGUAAAGAAACCGCUGAAUCCAGUUUUGGGAGAGACGUUCACGGGCUUUUGGAAGUUUCCUCCAUCCGACAUCCAAAGUCCGGGGCUGAAUAACCUGAAUGGUGUUGCGGUAUACAUAGCCGAACAGGUGUCCCAUCAUCCACCCAUCAGUGCCUAUUUUUAUUACUGUCCUCAAUACAAAGUUCGCAUAGACGGUGUCCUAAAGCCGAGGUCACGCUUUUUAGGUAAUUCUGCAGCUAGUAUUAUGGAGGGAGUUGCUAGCAUCAAAUUUUUGGAACAGAAUGAGGAGUAUCUUUUGACCCAGCCAAAUAUGUAUGCUCGUGGCAUUUUGUUUGGUAAAAUGCGGAUAGAAUUAGGAGAUCAUGUUACUGUGCGUUGUCCAGAUACAGACUUGGCAGCUGAUAUCGAAUUUAAAGUGAAAGGCUUUAUUAGUGGAACCUACAAUUCCAUUGCAGGGAAGGUAAAACGCAUAAGCACAGGUGACGUGCUGUACAAACUUUCUGGAAAGUGGGAUUCUGAAAUUGUACUGGAAAAUGUCAGCACAGGGAAGACCUCUACAUUUUUGGAUGUCACAGAGCUGCCGGUCUAUCCUGUCAUGGCUCGACCCCUAGAAGAACAAACUAUUUAUGAAUCACAGAAGUUAUGGCAUGAGACAUGUGAGGCUGUGAACGCCCGAGACCAAUCUGUUGCAACAAAGUCAAAGACUGCGAUUGAAGAUCAUCAGCGCGAAAAGGCUAGAGCUCGGGAAGCUAACAACGAGAAAUGGCAACCAAAAUAUUUCAAACAAACUGGACCCGAAGAAUAUGUACUUGAUAUGGAUAUACCGUACGAAAAGUCUGAUGCUGAAGUGCUCUGUAGUUUGGACGAUCGUAUACCAAUUUUUAGCGAAAACGAUCGUGCGUACUAUCGUAGCCUUAUUGGUAGAGGCUCGAAAUCUGAACCCGCAGCUCAAGGAAAUGAACCUCAUAAGCAUGUAAGAGACAACGGCCGGACGCGAUUGAAUGAGAAUCGUCCUCAUCACCUACGUGACGGAUCUAACCCUGCUUCUAGUUUCGUGACUUAUCGAAGUGAAAAUGGAUCUGUGGACGAAUAUCAUGAUGCUCAAUUGCCGGAUCAAGGAGUUCUUUCACAAUUAGAGGAAAAUUAAUUUGGGUAAUAUAUGUGGAGAAAGGAAUGCUAAAAGUAAAUGUUUCGGGUUUGGAUAGUUUUAUUAUUUCUCAACAGAGGUCUUUUUUUUAUACUUUUACAAUAUCAUUGCUUAGAUGUAUGUAAAAGUCUUUAGAGACGCGUUGUUCUUUGGAAGUUUUCAACAGAGAUGGACGUUUGGUGUCAAGGAAGCUUCCAUUAAGAAAGGACCAAGAUGUUUCUUGUGCAUUUGCUAUCUGUAUCUCUUUGAGUGCAGAAAACAAAAUGUGAAACAUACAAAAGUGUUUGCUUUGAAGAACUGAAUUGUUCCAUUCUACAAAAUCUUUAUUUUCGAAUUACGAAAUUUAAUGCUACAUGAUUUGUAUGAACGCUUUAUUUUAUAUCUUAUUUUUCUAUUACUUCUUUCCAUUAGAAUUGUGUGCUUGUCUCAUAUUGAUUAAGGUGACCUUUACCAGAAUAUAUGAAUAAAAUAUAUGUAUUUAGUCUUAGAA